CUCACCGUCGACAUUUUGCCUCAGCCGUAGUCCAGUUAAAUAAAUCCUCAGAAGCUCCACAUCACUGGAGUCUGGUGGAGAUGAGGGGACGGGGAAGGCGCCAGAGUGGGGGUCCACACAGAAUAUCGGCAACUAAGAAGCUGGGCGAUGCUGCCUGGGAGAUUGGUGCCGGCGCCGGAAUGGGGGCCGCCAUAUCGGGGGCGGUCUCCUCUCCCUCUACCACUGUUAGGCCUCGCCCACAAUGUCCGUUUGUGACCUCGCUGAGGUGCCGGACUGAGGUUGGUGUGACUUUUGCAGACAUUGCCCUGUACUUCUCUAAGAAAGAAUGGUACCUCCUUGAUGAGGAUCAGAGACGCCUGUACCUGGAUGUGAUGCUGGAGAACUUUGAACUUAUAUCCUCACUGGGUUGCUGCUGUGGAGCAGAGGGUGUGAAAGCAUCAAAUGAAGAAAAUGUUUCUAUAGAAGUGUCACAGGCAAAGAAACCUAAUACACCUUUUUCUCCCUGGCAUUGCCACCCCUGUGAGAGUUGUGGGCCAGUCUUGAGAGACAUUUUUCACUGUAUUGACCAGCAGGAAACACAACACAAACAGAAACUGCUGAGAUGUGGAGCAUGUGGAAAACAAUUUUAUUUCAGUACAAAGUGUCAGCCUUACCAGGAGCACCACAUGAGAGAGAAGCCUUUCAUGGGAGGUGUGGACAGGAUGUCACUUGCAAAAAGUUGCAAUUUUAAUGUGUCCCAGAAGCUUUUUACCUGUGGGAACUUUGGGCAGGACACCCUUACCAGGUUAGGACAUCAGCAACAGGCUACUCAAGCCAGGGACAGGCCAAAUGAUAUCUUGACGUUUGGAGUGACUCCUCAAAGCAGCAAAAGUCAUUACACACUGAAUGAGUAUAAAAAAGCACUUGGCUGCAACCACACAUUUCUUGAGAACAAAGCUGUUCCUACUGGGACACAAUGUUUUGUGUGUCAUCAGGGUGAAAAAUAUUUUACCAGUAUUUCUAGUUUUCAUUAUUGUCAGAGAGUUCACACUGGAAAGAGAACCCAUGAGGGCAGUGAGUGUCUGAAAUCUUUUAGCAGGCUCUAUUACCUUCAUUUACAUCAUGGAAUUCACACUGGAGAAAGGAAUUAUGAAUGCAGUGAAAUUGGGAAAUCUUUAAUCAGUAGCACUAGCCUUCAUUAUCAUCAGAGGGUUCACACAGUAGAAAAGCUUUAUGAGUGCAUUGAAUGUGGGAAGUCUUUUACCACUAGCACAAGCCUCCAAGAUCAUCAGAGAUUUCAUACUGUAGAAAGGCUUUAUGAGUGCAAUGAAUGUGGGAAAUCUUUUACCAGAAUUAAUCACCUUCAUUGUCAUCAGAGAGUCCACACUGGAGAAAGGCCUUAUGAAUGCAGUGAAUGUUGGAAAUCUUUUACCACAAUUGGUGAUUUUCAUCGUCAUCAGAGAGUUCACACAGGAGAAAGGCCUUAUGAAUGCAGUGAAUGUGGGAAAUCUUUUACCACUAGCACUAACCUCCGUUACCAUCAAAUCUUUCACACAGGAGAAAGGCCAUAUGAAUGCUUUGAAUGUGGGAAAUCUUUUACAACUAGCACUAGCCUCCGUUAUCAUCAGAGAAAUCACACUGGAGAAAGGCCUUAUCAUUGCAGUGAAUGUGGGAAAUCUUUUACAAGAAUGUAUCAUCUUUGUUGUCAUCAGAGAGUUCACACUGGAGAAAGGCCUUAUGAGUGCAGCGAAUGUGGGAAGUCAUUUACAACUAGCACUAGUCUCAGAUAUCAUCAGAGAUUUCACACAGGAGAAAGGCCUUAUCAUUGCAGUGAAUGUGGAAAAUCUUUUACCAGAAUUAAUCACCUUCAUUGUCAUCAGAGAGUUCACACUGGAGAAAGGCCUUAUGAAUGUAGUGAAUGUGGCAAAUCUUUUACCACUAGCACUAGGCUCCGUGUUCAUCUGAGAGUUCACACAGGAGAAAGGCCUUAUCAGUGCAGGGAAUGUGAGAAAUGUUUUAGCACUAGCACUAACCUCCGUGUUCAUCUGAGAGUUCACACAGGAGAAAGGCCUUAUUGUUGCAGUGAAUGUGGAAAAUCUUUUACCAGAAUUGAUAUCCUUCGUUAUCAUCAGAGGGUUCAUACAUGAGAAAGGCCUUAUAAAUACAGAGAAUGUGGGAGAUUUUACAGUUGCACUACUUAUCGUUACAAUCAGAUGUGGAAAUCUUUCAACAAAAAUGAUAACACACAUGACUUCACAUGGAGGAUUAUCAUAGAAGGGUAGGAAUUGUACAGAUUCUUUUUUUUUUUUAAUGUUAAUGCCAAAAGAAAUUUUUUAAGCCUUGUUUAUCUGAAUCAAAUCACAUAGAGCCAAUCAUGUACAUAGGGAGGUUCCACAUAUUUUUCUUCUGCUGCAUUUCUAUUUUUCUCUGUACAUUUUAUUUAUUUUUAACAUAUUUUAUUGAUUAUGCUGUUAGAGUUGUUCUAUUUUUUUCUCCCAAUUAUU